CAGUUCAUCUCAAACUCUUCACUCUUUGCAAAAUGAACAAACUAUUCUUUGGUGUCCUUGUGUCAAUCAUUGUUGCCUACGGCAGUGUAGAUGGCAAACGCGUUGGAUGGCCUUAUGAACAAAUUGGUUCAAAAUAUUAUUAUAUUGAACGAUCAACAGAGCGCACUUGGCUUGGAGCCCAUCACAAAUGUCGGGCAAUUGGAGGACAUUUGCUUAGUAUCAACAAUAAAAAUGAAUUCGACGCAAUCAACCGCAAUUUGGAUGAAGAAUAUAAUUAUUGGAUCGACAUUAACGAUUUAACUAAAGAGGGAGAAUUCCUUUCGGUGGCAACUGGUCGAAAAGCGACGUAUUUCAACUGGCAUGAAAAUGAACCAAACAAUAAAGAUGGCUUUGAACAUUGUGGCGAAUUGAACUACGGUUAUGACAAGCACCUGAUGAAUGAUAAUAAUUGCUUUGAGAAACAAUUCUUUAUUUGCGAGUACUAAGAUUAAGUAAAUAAAUAUAUUUCAAUACAUUAAUGUCGCUGCUGAAAAGCCCAUAAAUGUCACAAA